AUGUUCUACCAGUUAGCGUUAAACAAUGAGUCUUCAAUUAGUGCUGAUGAUGAUGAUGAAACGAUAUUUAGUUACCUGGAAGAUGCGUUUGAUGCAGCAAAACGAGACGUUAAUCAUGAUAUAAAAAAUAAACAAAGUCAGAAGAAGAUUUUGGAGAUAAGUCAGGAAGGGCAACAAUCGGAAUAUAAGGAAAAGAUCGACGAAUUGGACAUCGAUAUAAAAGCAGGAACAACAGUAUUAACCGCUUUAAUAAUAGAACGUCGAUUAUAUGUGUUAAACUGUGGAAAUUCGAGAUUGCUAUUAGUCACCUCUGAAAACAACAAGCCAUGUUGUGAUGCUCUUAUCGAUGUGCACGAUUUCAAAAAUAAGAUGGAUGCCACUCGAGUAACAAACGCUGGGCUAGAAAUUACACAUGAAAUGCACAACAUGUCUAGCCGCGGCAUCGGCGUCCCACAACAUCAGAAAGAUUUUGCGGAGCCGGGCAACGGCUAUUUGACGCAAGAACCUGAUGUGUUUCAAUAUAAAAUUGAACCAAACUGGCAAUACCUAAUUUUAUUAUCAACUGGUGUUCUAAAGUGCGUGAAAGAAUGUAAUGCAAAGACUGGAAGAGCGCGAAAUUUCUUCGAGCGUGAAGUAAACAAG